UGCAGGUGCAAAGACCUAGGCCUCUGCAAUAUGGAGUCUACGGUGGCAGAAAAAAAUGAAGAAAAAAAUGAAGAAGUCUGGUUUGAAUUUUAUGAAUCCUUCACGGACUUGUUUGAAUUCUUUUGUGAUAACACCACUAUCCAUGGUACAGUCAGACUGAACUGCUCCAGGAGGAACAAAAUGAAGACUGGCUUUUGGGUAGUCCUUUUCCUUUGUGCCUUUGGAAUGAUGUAUUGGCAGUUUGGAAACACAUUUAAUCAAUACUGGUCCUAUCCAACCAAGAUAGCCAUUUUACUGCAAUCAAAGGAAAUUAACUUUCCUGCCAUCACGGUCUGCAAUCUCAACCCCUACAGGUUUGACCAGGUCAAUGAGUACCUUAACCAGUUGGAUCAUCUGGCAGAGGAAACGUUGAGCACGUUGUAUGGUUACAAUGCUUCCAUACAUUUACACAAUGGUACAGAGAUUCUUGACCUUAACGACAUCAUGAAUAAUAUCACUAUUAAAGAUGAUGGGAUUUUUCUUUUAGACAAAACAAUAACUUUGAUAAAAAUCAACACAGAAGAUGUAAUCAAAAACGUUACUGGGAAAAGUGAAAAAGUGGGAUUUAAGCUGUGCGAUUCAUCCGGUAUCGAUUGCUACUACCGCUCCUUCUGGUCAGCAAUGGAUGCAUUUCACGAGUGGUACAAGUUCCAUUUUAUGAACAUUAUGUCUGAAAUCCCCUUGGUGCUGCAGAUACCAGAUGCGUUGGUGCGGAAGUUUGUUUUGACUUGUGAAUUCAAUGGAGCCAAGUGUGGCAGUAAUUACUCACAUUUUCACCACCCAACCUACGGUUUGUGCAUCACUAUAAACGGAAACAGGAAUGUUAGCAAAGGUUGGACUUCAAUUAAGGCUGGGAAGAUGUACGGAUUGUCCUUGACGCUGAAGACAGACCAGAACGAUAAUAUGCCCAUUUUGUCAAGUGCAGCAGGUGCUAAGGUCAUGAUUCACAACCCUAACCAGUUUCCACUGGCAGAGCAUGAAGGAUUUGAUAUAUGGCCAGGGACCGAGACUUCAAUCAGUAUUAGACAGGAUCAGAUGAACCGUUUGGGUGCACCAUACAGUGACUGUAUCUUAGAUGGGAGCAACUUAGACUUCCAGCUGAUGUACAAUUCAUCCUACACCCAACAGACUUGUCUACAGUCUUGUUUCCAGUAUAAGAUGAUAGAGACCUGUGGAUGUGGAUAUUAUUUUUAUCCAUUGCUUCCUGGGAUGGAGUACUGUAACUACAACAAGCAUCCUGGAUGGGGACAUUGUUUCUAUCGGCUGUAUCAGAAGAUGUUAAAUCACAGGCUCGUCUGUUUUAAGAAGUGCCCAAAGCAGUGCAGUGAAACAAUGUAUCAGCUAUCAGCAGGCUUUGCUAAGUGGCCCACAUCUGUGUCUAAGGGCUGGGUCACAGGCGUAUUAUCCAAUAGCACUGGCUACAAGAGAACUAGUAGAAGAAAUGAUAUUGCCAAACUUAAUGUAUAUUUCCAAGAACUGAGUCUGCGCUCAUUUGUUGAAACACCUGCAAUAGAAAUUCCGAAUCUACUUUCUACUAUGGGAAACCUGUGGAGCCUUUGGUUUGGAUCUUCAGUGCUGUCAGUGGUAGAAAUGGCAGAGUUGGUGUUUGAUGUUGCAGCCAUGUUGAUCAUAGUUGGCUACAUAAAGUUUGGAAAGAAAAGGGAAGAAAAUCAUAAUGUGAAUCUGUAUAUCAUCCAACCAGAUGGUAUGUCUGACCAUGAUGGAGGAACUUUAACCACCUCACAAGUCCAUGAGACAUCUGACCAUUUGGAUGGCAAAAUAGAUUCUAAACCUGCUUAG